AGACGCUCAUACAUAUCGCUAUCGCUAUGGAAAUAAAACUACGCAAAUGGAAGGAAAUGUUUCUCUAAUCUGUUUUUGAAAUCGAAUGAACAUCGUAAUGGUGGAUCUAAGAAGGAGACAAGCUGGUAGUUGAGAUGUCUUUGUCGUCAGUUUUUUCUGCCUUACCGGGUGUUUACACCCAAAAGCACAAGCAAAAGUUAGUUGACGUACAUGUGUUGAUGUUUGUUGCUCACCAAUAUAUUUGUGGCUAAUUAGCGCGAUUCGAACCACUCGAUAAUUCUUGAUGUUGACAACAGUACACAGAAAACUGUCAGCUUUUACGAUGGGUCGUACCUUUCUUCUCAAAAAUUAAUGAUGUUAAUAAUAGUUUGGUAAAAUAACUUUCCAAAGAAAUCAAUUGAUCAUUGAACAUUUGGCAAGGAUAUUUCUAAACUUGUUUGUAUUAACAAUAAAUUGGAAAAUCUCUGAUUCCGAGUUACAUCAUACUGGAUGUCACAGAUGAUUUCUAUCACAAGAUCCAUCUCGUUGUUAGCUUUAUGUUUUCCGCUCAGUAGACAUGAGUAGAGUAUAUCGUUUAAGAAAGAUCGCUGACUUUUUUUAGAUUUAUGGUUCUUUAAUAACACUGGAUAGGAAAAAAUAACAUGCUGUAUAUGUGUAUUUUAUUAAUAGAAAAAUGUCCUUUAUGAUAUGAAAGCAGGUGGAAAAAUAGAAGUAAAACAAUAAUUCAAAUGGUACAUUACCAAGCACUCUAAAUAAUAAGGUUACAAUCCGAACUGGUGGAAAGCAAACAAAUCUUAUAUCCACAAGCAUGGUCUCAGACAAGAAACCUGGACCUUUGCCUUGUGAAUUUACCCUAUAUUCCUUAGCAGUGACUAGCAUCCAAUGUUUUCUCGCAGUAUCAUUCCUGAAUCACACAUUAAGGUCACAAGAAUUAAGAAAAUGAUCAUCAACUAAAGAAGCUCUUGAUUGUUAAACAAAUUCUCAUUGUCAGCACCAUAAAAUGUAUAGGAAACAGUAUGGAGAAUUUGCAUACUGAUAUUAAGGUGUGAAAGGUUAAUGAACUUAACAAAUUCAUCAUCUUGCUGCCAAGUUUUCACCUUAAAUUUCAAUAUUGCUGGACCAGGUCUCUCAUCUUAACUUUGAUAUUUUAUAAUUGUUGAUAGCUCUCUUCAAGACAUCAUGGUCACAGUACACAAAAAAUAUGAAAAGCUGCCUCUACUGUUAAGCAAUUAUUGGAUGAGGGUGAGCAUGAUAUCAUGAAAUAUCAAAACCAAUGUCUGAAGUUUGAUAAUUCAUGAUAUCAUGGGACAACCAAAUUCAAUAAUUGUUUUAUUAUACAUUUUUCAAACUGCAAAGGAAGACACUUUUCUCUGAGUUUGCUUAAGUAUGAGAACACUACACAGAUGAGGGGCUUGGAAACAAGGCAGACUUUGAAGUCAACAUGAUAAAUGCAAUAUCCACCUAAGGUAUUGCAUUUGUAGUGGCAACUUCACACACUAUUGUACAUUAAUUGAAUGCUCUAAUGCCCAAUCAGAUUUUUCAUGAUAAGUAUAACUGUACUACACAAUGAGCUAGCAGUAUUGUACAAUUUGAGUCAUUCUAGAGAAGACUUCUUACACAUUUAAAGAAGAUGAAAUUGUCACACAAGAAUGAAGCAGUUUAGUAGACUUGAAAAGGUUUUGUGUGUAAAUGUUCCAUUGACAGGUUCCUCUUUAAAAUUGUAUGGCAACUGAAUGAACAGCAGUGCAAAAAAUCUAAUUUCUAAUGACAAAACUGUAUUAUUACAUUUGUCCACCAUGUGUAGGGUUCUGGAAACAACCAGUAAUGCUGCAAGCUCAGUUCAUUCUAAAAAGAGCAAAAAUAAGCACCUGGCAGAAGCUGAGAAACAGAAGGCAGAAGCUGAAGUGAAGGCUGCAAAAGAGAGGGAACAGGUACUUUAGUAGUUUGUUGUGUUUACCUCCCAUGGUGACCAAGACGGAUUUCUCCUUACAUUAUCAAUAGAUUACCUAGUAAACAAGUAAUGAGAAAAAAGAAAAAUAUCAGUUAGGUGAUAAUUAGUUGAUCCAAUACCAAAUCCUCCAAGUCAUGUCAUAAGAAUUGUAUGGCUGGUAGUAAGGAGAAUUACUCAUGAGAUCUAUGGAGUGAAAGGGCUAACAAGCUAAUCAUUCAGUGAGAGGUAAUCUGUGAAAAGGUGUUGUGUGACUAUUUUGCGUGGUAAGUGUUGUGUUACGCAGAUGCUUUGGCUUGCAUUGUGUGACAAGCACUGGCAAGCAUUUGCUCUGAUGAAGGACUAACGCUCGAAUUAAGGGGGUAAGUUUCUAAAGAAAUUGUGGUGCUACGUCGGUGGGAGAGUAUAACAGGGUAAUUUACUAUUAUCAACUGAGCUGCUAACGUGAAUUGGCCACCGUAAAGAGUUUACAAAGCUGACGUUUCGAGCGUUAGCCUUCGUCAGAGCGAAAGUCAGGAGGGCUAACGCUCGAAACGUCAGCUAUGAAACUCUUUACGUUGGCCAAUUUACGUUAUCAGCUUGGUUGAUAUUUCUAAAUUGCCCUGUAACACUCGAAUUGUCAGCUUUAGAACUCUUUAUUCAAUCUACAUUUUCAACUCAGUUGAUAAAACCAAAUUACUAUUGUAGACAGCCAGUGUGUUAUGAAAUAACUGUGUUGUAACAGUGUGACGUUCAACAUACGCUAGAUGUUUCAAUAACAGAAGUAACCGGGCAUGGUCGUCUGGAACUCGAAGUUUCUGAUAAUCCCCUCCCCAUCCAUAAGGCCUGCAUCUGGAAGCCCGGGGGGGGGGAAUGGGGCUUGCGAGAGCGUUUAUGGUAUUACCCGUUAGUAAUUUGUGACGUUUCCUUAUUUUUGCAGCAAUCUGUCCGCUUAUAUGAAGUGUGGUCAAAGAUCAAACAAGAGGAGAAAGAUGAACAUUACCAAUACCUGAAGGAAAGAGUCGCCAUACAACAUGAACUCAUCAAAAGACAAGACUCGCUCUUUAAGAAGCGUCAAGCUCACCUGGAACAGAAACGGUGGCAGGUGAGAUGUUACAGCUUAAAUUUUACAAAAGAGUUAAGAAGUACUACCGAAAGGUAACUUGAACGGCCGGCGAGCAGGACCUUACCCAGUUAGCGCUUCGGCACGACCGCCACGGUUUCAGCGCCUUCAGGAAAGUAUGAGGCCUCUGAGCAGCGCCAGUCGGUGAGAAGUCUGCAAGGGGUCUGGCACUAUUAAUUAUUUUUGCAUGAGUCCCGGUAAAGCUCUCUCCGACUCGCCUGUGAGAGUCCAAACUACACCUGAACCAGCAAAUUCUGAAUCGGAAUGUUUUAGUACAUAGCUACAAGUACGGAGUGCAUCACUUCUUUUGAGUCAUUUUUUUUGAUGGAGGAAAACUUCCAUCAAAGUUAAUUCUUGAAAUGAAUCCUAGUUUGAAAGGACACACAGACAGUUGGAGGCAAGAAUGACGUGGAAUGAGUCGAGAUCAAUUAAGGAUGGGAAAGAUUAACGGUGGACUUAACGCGGAUUGCGAAUAAUACGCUUAAAACAAAAGUCUAAAUGUUUCUAGAUGCGAAACGAUGGCAUUAUUGUUCCGUGCUGCAUUUCAAGCGUUACUCUUGUUCCCAGGGUCUCUCUCUUUCUGACCAGAAACUGCGAAUAAGUUUGUCUAAACGUUAAUAGUAAAUUUCGAUUUUACGGUUUCCUCGAGACGUAAGUUGGGACUUUAAGCCGAAGUUUUUCGACCAUAUUUCGAUAGACUGUUAAUGAAAGUGGUAUGUAAUAAGUAUAAUAGUGUUUCAAAACAUCAGCGAAAUGCGUGAGGGGAAGUUGCUGGAUUCUUUACCGUAAAAGAAGGAAGCCUCGAUUGUGCUCUCUUUUGUUAAUAGAACCCUCUGGAAGCAGUAGAGAUCUCGAGAAAAACCAUUGACUUGAACCUCACCCGGGCGAUCAAACACUUGUCUAGGUUUAGUGUCUCCCCCAACAGUUCUUCCAUGUAGUAGAACAGAGCACAGUCGUGGAACAGUCGAAUUGGGCUUCCUUUUCGAAAUAAAAUUUUGAAAACAUGUCGCUAUUGUCAUGGGCACUGAAGGAGAUGAUCGUGUUAAUGUGAGGGUUGCAUUGCGAAUUUCAUGGUAUGAUGUCUCAAUUGUAUCAUGAAUAAUUUACCUAUCAAUCUAAUAUUUGCAUUUUAACUUUUGGAUACGAAAUUGCCCCACAAGAUGGUAUGCACAAAAAAUAUAAUUAUCAUACGAAUUGACGCUGUUUUGACUGAGAAAGUUUUUGUUCUUUAUGUCUUCUCUUUUUGUAAUGCGUAACACCGUUCUGUUAGCUCACUCUGCGUCUUAAUGAGAUGCAAGUUUCAUGGUAACACUUUGUUGUUUAAAGUGUUGGUUCUCAUGAAUAUAUAACCAUAUUUUGUUCAAUGUACAAGUCGUAAUGCCUUGAAACUCUGUACUUUUUAGCUGAAAGAAGCAAAACGCUUGUCAAAGAUGGCCAAGUCGAAAGAAUACACCGAUUUCGUUCGAAAUGUUUUAGGUAAGUGAGAAAUUUUUUGCAAUUUGUUUUUCGUUUUUUUUGGGUUAAAAUACUUUUCACAUUUUCGACAGCGUUUAGUGGAUUUAAACUUGCAUUUUCUUCAAAAAUGAACGACUAAACUUUUCUUUAUUUUCGCUUCAUUUUCCUUCCAAUCCGUUAAAAGAUUUUGUAGAAAACUGCCUUAUUGCACAAGCAGUUGAGAGGCAAAUAGGAAAAGUUCUUAUCCUGCCGUGUGCCGUACGUGUAAACGUUGUUCUUAAAUCUCUGGUUCCCUGUUCAUCAUUUUACGUGGAAGUACAAAGCUAUGUACAUAUGUUAGCCAUGAAUGUUAGAUUCCGGAAGACUAAGAGUAGUAGAUGGUUUCAUCGUAAUAAUUGAGCGCAAAUCAAGAGAAAUCAUCCUCCCCCCUUCACAAAUAAAAUACUUUAUCUCUGCACCUUGUUUACUCUAGAACGUUUGAUACGCUCAGCGGAUGCUUCUUGGGGACAGUUUUGUGAUUUUCGCGUAGGUUUUUCUUGCAUCUAUUGUAAAAGAGAACUUGAAUUGAAAUAAUGGGCCUCUCGAAAUCAGGUGCAAGGCCAGUUUCCUGUGAAUCAUUUAAAUCCGUUCACUCCUACCAUCAAUGGAGUGGUAGUCUCUCAAUACGAUUUCAAUACAUUAUUUGGAGUCGGAUGUGGUUGCAUUCUUCUUCUGUGUCGCUGGUAUGUUCAUCCACUGCGGCUAAAUUACUUGAUGAAACAUUUGCUUUCACAGCUCAAGACAAGAAGAAAGCUCUCCGUUUAAAAUCACACGUGCGUGUCAUUAGCAGCCACGAACCAGUCCGUGCGCCACAGUCUGCGCGAGAUACUAAAAGUAGCUACGAAAGUGCAAAAACUCAAUCACCCGGUCAGUCUAGUCUGGACAGUCACGGAACGGCUGUGGUAGAAAGUUCGCUUCUCACGGAUAAUUUCAAGGAACUGCUCCAUGAUCCUGUUGAGGUUCAGUUGCAGAAGUUGUUGGGUGCGGAUGCCGAAGAUUUUCUUCAUCCGACUUUCCGCGAAGGAGCUAAGAAAACUCUUAAUCCGAUGGCGACGCAGAGAAAACGUACGUAUUUUAAGAACCUUUUUCGCGUGGGAACACGCGCGCGCGCGGGUCCAUACGUGCGGAGUUCAUGCGCAGAAAAAGGAACGCGUGGUUCUCACGUUGUUCUUGUUUGAAGUAAGUGAGCGCAGCGGGAAACGACCACGUAACGUUUCUCACUUUCCUUUUUCCCUCGCGUGCCUGCCUUUUUAACAGCCUCCACUGACUGAGAUCUUUGAACAGGUCAGCAGUGACUUAUUGUGUGACCUGUAUGACUUGAAAUAACAAAAUUUAUUCUUUAUUGCAAUUUUGUUCAGUGAGUGGCAUUGGAGCGCGUGAACUGUGGGGAAUACUGAGGAGCGAUUCGCAAUCUAAACUAGAAACACAAGAUGACAUGAUACCAGUUGAUGUAAAGGUAAUUUGCACAAUCUGUAACUAAAUUCACUCUUCGACGUCUUUUGUCAUCCCUGUGUCUUUUAGUUUUAAUUUAUUCUGACGUCUGUAGCGUUGUUUAGCGUAGCUAACUGUUAUUUUAAGAUUUCCAACUGUUUGAAAAUUAUAUUCUUGCGCCACGAAAACUACUCAGAAUUUCGUCACGUCACUAAUUGGACCUUGGCAAGAGACUCAGUCACAAACUGAUCUUAACUUGAGCAAUUUUUGAAGUUUGCCACCUCUGUAAGCUGUGGUUAAGUUUUGGGGCUAGCAUUGCAAAAGAUCGUGAUUGUAUUUCGUCCCUGCAUAUAAAUGUUCUGAUGUUGUUUCUCUACUGGGCUGAAGUGUAAUCAGUAGGGAACACCAUUUUUUUUUUAAACAUAUGUUCCCUUUUUUUCAUGUCGUAGAAUGCCUACAGGGCUUUCCUAAGGGAGUGUCUCCACAACAACGUACCUACAGUGCGAAGGAGUUUCUGCAAGGGCGAAGAAAACGUGAGUAGAACACACCGUCAUGAAUUUAUAAAUGAUUGUACUUGUUCAAUGAUUCUGUCAUGGACCUUUUUGUGAAGUUAAUUAUUUCCUAAUUUAUAAAUUAAUUUUUAUCACUGUAUUUUGGACUUCGAUUAGACGAUGCUCUUUGCUAAACAAUCUUGUUUUUACCACUCAUCGACUCGUUACUUUGUGUGGAUUUCACUUGUUCCGUGUGCUAUUUGGAUUUUCUUUAAAUUAACUCUUUGGUUGUACGAUUGGACUCCAUAGGACUUCACAAAAUCAUUUAUCAGAAAAUACGACUUUAGCUUGUCAUAUCAUAUUUUUAAAGGAGGUUUACUAGAGAGCCUCGAUUUUGUGCACUAGACCCAGUUUUCCCGGCUCGUAUCCAAACGUAUUGAUCGCGUAGUAAUAAUGUUACUGAAGCUAGAUCAGUCGACACUCAAAGAAUACUUUUGUGAUUUUAUAAUUUUUCGCCUGUAGGUCUUUGAAGAAGAUCGUGUAAGUGAGAGCCAGUUGAUACAGGACAUUAAAUUCACACGGCAUCGUUUAGAGCUUAUGUUCAGAGUGGCUCAUAUGAACCGUGAUAAAACCAAACUACUGGUGAAAACUAUGGACCCCGAGGGACCCUCUGAGGGGACAGUGAGUCGUCCACCAAGAUACGAUCCGCAGCAGAUACUUGACAUGCCCAUGGUAAGAGCGUGAAUGGAAUGGUUCAAUCUUGGAUAAAGUAAUUUUGAAUUUAGUGUCCAAAAUGAUCCGGGAUUGAAUUAGAUAAUAUGUUUUUCUCAACUGUUGUUAUACCUCCUAUCCCCUCCCCUCUCCCCCCUCCCUUCCCCCACCGAUGCAGCACCGCAGUCAUUAAGAAACUUACCCCCUUGGGAUUGAAUUAGCUUAAUUUGCCUGGACUAUGCUUCGCUCUGUGAUUGAUCUCAAAACUCAAAAUUCGCCCCAGUCCCACAAUAAAUCGUCUCUAACUAUAACUAAUCAUGACUUGGUCAAACGCUGUUGCCGCGCUUUUGACACUCAUUUGAAAUUGACUUUAUGGCGUAACCAGUUAUGUCAAAUGCCACAAUGACGAUCAGCAAAAGGACCCUUAAACCCUUACAGGGCAGACCACUCUCUAAGAGGAGGUAGAAAAAGAAUGGAUUGAACUCGUUAGUGUUAGAAAGCACUGAGAUUUACUCGCAUAUCAUUAAGGGGAAGCAUCAAAAUUCCCAGUCGCUUUAGGCUUCAAAAACCAGGCCUUAGCCUAAAAGUUACAGCUGUUUUUAACCAUUUUCAUCCCUAGGAAACGCGUCCUGCACGAUUACCAACGCUCGCAUUAACAGACGCUGAUGGAGAACGCCAUUCGAUACAGGAACCACCCUCCCCUAGAGCAGAAAGCACACAUGAACCGGAGAAAAAAGACGUGAUUGUCGGAGGAGAAAAGAUUGUAUUCCUCACUGAAGAAAUGGCGACCUGUGAGGGAGAAUUCGCCAAACGACACAAGGCUCUUGGAUGUUCUAAAGAAAUGGCUCCACUCUCUAAAGGGCCUCAUAGAGGGAUCAAUAUAAGAGAAACUCUCUCAGCCCCUCCAAGUAGCAUGGGCUCAAGGGAAGCGAAGAAGAGCCAGGGUAGAUUGUGGGAACCGCUUAGUUUAAGUGCCCUGUUGGAGUACAAUGCACCAGUUCCCGCGCCGGGUAGUGGCGAAUUCUUGUUAGGUCAAACAAAAAGGUGGAAAAUACAAUGAUAACAUUUUUCCUUCAGUAAUUCAUUCGAGCAAACUGUUUGCAAGUGAAGUCAUUCUUCGUGUGAUAUUAUGGAAGUGUCACAUGUACAAGGGGCGAGGGUCGUCAUGUGUUGUUUGGGAGGCGAACUUGGUCGAGCGAACAACUUAAGGUAGUCGUGGGCAGAGUGGGAUUUCUUCUUCAGUCGUGUAUCUGGUUGUUGCCCGAUGAUCUGCUUGGGAUUAAGAGAGCUACAGACAAGUUUUCUUGAGGUGAUUUUAAUCAAUCAUGGAAAAUGAGAAAAGAGAGAGGAAAGCCCGUAAUCCAGGCUUUAAAAAUAGUAAUUUCAUCAUAGUUAUUUAUAGCAAGUGACUCGAACGGGUCUGUUUUCGGACACCUCCGUUCUAAGUGAAUGCAUCAUAAUGACGAGCGGUAAGAUACGUUUUAAUGAUCAAAUCGACUUCGAAAAGAAGGGAAGGGUAUUUUUUCAGCGCGAAUUCGGAAGUAUAGGAAAGCAUACGUCUGUUUCCGUCUGAACUAACGUUAACUCUAGUGGACAUGUCUUAGAUGGAGAGAUCUCUGAAUGUCCUUCCUUGACCUUCAUUUCUCUUGGUUCACAGUGCUUCUCGUGAAACUUUAAAACGUUACCCACAUGUGCCCCUAUACAAACGCUGAAAAACUCAAAAGGUUAAUAUAUUCUUUUAAUUAACAAAAAGAGCAAGAAUUUUGUAACUGUAAAUCAAUUUCUUUGAGAAGUUUUGUUUUCAGGGCUUUUACUCUUAAGUGAAAAAGGCUGUGAUUCCAUUGCCAGAAUGCUCGUUACUCAUUAAAAACAGUUAAAAGAUAUUAUUUUUUUUGUAAAUAGAUGUUUGUUCCACGAACUGUUGUUAAUGAGAGAUGGAAUCUCUUUAAAUGAAAUGUUAUCUUAACUAAUAAAGUUUGAUUUUUUAAUUCAUGUUACUGUGAACAUGUACCUGGUAAAUUGUCCCUAGAGGGUUUUGUUUUUCGGUUUUGUUUUCAUAAUCUUAACUUCCAUACCAAUAUUUCAGUAGAAUGGUUCAUGAACGCUCUUUGGAAAUAACUCUCUUUUUUCAGUAUUUAUUACCGUUUUAUUUUAUUUCAUUUUACUUUUUAGCAAUUGUGAGUGCACAUGACUACAUCUUUGAAGUCUGCAUAUAAUUCCGUAAGACGCUUUUUUACUCCAUCACCCCCCUCCCUCCCCCUGCUGUUCGCGUUUUGUCGCUAUCAGCGUAUCCCUGGGUACGAGGUUUCUUGGAAAGCGGACGGCGUGGAGACUAAGUUCCAAGAUGGCCGCAAAUCUGAGCAACUGAUGUUCCGUCCAUUAGACAGUUAGUAGUUAAUUUUCCCGGACAUAAAUGGUUGAUCUCGUCAACUAGAGUAAGAGAGAGGCAUUAACACAGAUCCGGUUAAAAUGGGAGUAACUUGGUGAGUUAUGAAAUCAGUAGAACAUUAAAUUGAGGCGAUCUUUGCUCGAAACAGCGUAGUACUGUCAAAGAGCGUGUUUCUUUUUGGGAGAACGGCGGAAAGAAAAUUUAUAAACGCUGCUUUGCUUGGGAUGUCCAAUACAAGCAUUUGCUCUCCAGUAAGAUACUUUGUGUACCAUAUGAUCGCUAAAUGCUGUAGAUGUGUGCGCUCGAACCAAGUACUGUAGUCCAUAAUCACGAAGAAAAAAGUAAUGUUCUCAUUAUUAACUCUUCCCACAUUAAAAGGUGCCAAAGCCUAUCGUUGUUGCGCCACAAAAAUUACUCAGAAUUUCACCACGUCACUACUUGGAACUUGGCAAGAGACUCGAGUCCCAAACUGAUCUUAAUCUGAGCAAUUUUUGAAGUUUGCCACCUCUGUAAGCUGUGAUUAAGUUUUGGGGCUAGCAUUGCAAAAGAUCGUGAUUGUAUUUCGUCCCUGCACAUAAAAUGCUAUAGAUGUGUGCGCUCGAACCAAGUACUGUAGUCCAUAAUCACGAAGAAAAAAAGUAAUGUUCUCAUUAUUAACUCUUCCCAUAUUAAAAGGUGCCAAAGCCUAUCGUUGUCUCUGAACAUGUUCUUAACAACUCAUUAGUAUAAUUUAAUUUUAAGCUUGAUUCCAGUGGAACUUCCAGAAGGAAAAAGUGGCCAACAGGCUCUUGCAGUUGAGAAGCUUCAAAAACGUGCCGAGUUAAUGGGUGCUCAGAAGACUGGUAACUGGUGUGUCAACUGUGAGACUUACCAGGCAGUAACGACAUUCAGUAAGUACAGAGAGCACUUAAAUGUCCUUGAUCUUGUCAAUCUCUGAACUUACUGCUAUAUUCCUCUGUAACACACACAUUUCUUCAAAUCUGUUGAGGUCUGCAUGUAAGUUGAGUAGUCAUGUGGCUGAUUAAAGUGGAAAGGGUUGUCACCUUGAAUGAGAUGCCUUGACAGAAAUAUUCCUAAUAACAAUACUUUGGAGAAGAAGUUUGGGAAACGUGGAGAAAAAUCUUCAGACUGCAGACCAAACUGGUAACAAACUGAACUUAAAUAUGGUGCCUUUGCAGGAAUGAAACUCAAGCCACAAGGGGGUGGGGUGGGGCUGUUCUUACCACUACUUCAUUUUUGCUUUACUUUUGGGGCAAAGAGUUGAAAGAAAUCCUAAAUGUAGCUUGAAAUAAACUUUUCUCUUAAAAAGUAUCAUGUUAAGGAUACCAAACCUGUGCUCUGUAAAGAUAAAAAAAGCAAUAUUGUUCUGUCAGCCAUGAAGUCGAACUCCAAUGACCUUCUAUAUCUACAAUAUUAUCCAGUUUUUUGUUCUUCUUAAAGGUACAGCUAGCAAACUCAUUCAUCUGGUGCAUAGUACAGAAUUUCCCUACUCAUCAUUUGCUGUUCUGGAGACAGGCACAUGUCUGGUAGCAGAUUCUGGUUUUGAUUCCUUGAUGUCUAAACUUAAGACAUUCUAUGCACCAAGAAAAACAUCGAAAAUAGAGGUGAAUAUUUUGGUUUUGUAAAAAUCAGUUAAGGCUUAGGGCAGCUAGUUUUGUAGCUUUUUCUGUUUCCUUUUCUUCUCACACUCACUUUGUGCUUGCCUCUGCUCACCUGCAAAUGUCCUUUGAGAAGUUUAGACAGUCGUCAAGAGUUUUUCAUUGUAUGUAAACUGACAUCAUCCCAUAGGGAAAAACUGUUAUUCAACAAUUAUUCACCAAAGGCAAAGUGAACAUUGUUGAAUGAUCCCCAUGACAAAGUCCAAGGAUUAUUCAACAGUAUUUACAAAGCCUGAGGUGAGUAAUAUUAGUUUGAUUGCUCAGGUGCUUUUGAAUUCUGUUGUGAAUUUGUUUUGUUGUUGAAACCAGUCUGUUACAGUUGUUUUGAUUCCUUGCAGCUGGUUUCCACUAGAAUUUAACAGGUUUAUUAACUUAAAUCAGCUUAAACUUCACAUUUUUCUAUUGAAAAGUGUUAUGCUAAACUUAGUGACAUCUUUUGUGCUCCUCAGAAUUGAAUUUUUUUCUAUUACAUUUAUCAGUUCCUGCAUAACAUUGACGAAAUACAAGGCAGCCAUUUUGAAAUUUAGUGCCCCCUGCUAUAAUCACCUAAUGCAAGGUGACAAUAGAGAGAUAUGGUGCAAUACUUGACCAAUCAGAAUGUGUGCAUCUCCAUAAUCACCAGAGUAAUUAUAUGAAUAACUUUUAGAGAAAGGUGAUAACCAAGUUUACAUCUUUACACUCUUUAAUGCUUUUCAGGCGAAAGGACAUCGCUAUGAGUUGGGAGACUUUGUUCUUAAGUUCGGACAAGUUUCUGCGGGUCCAAGUUUUAAAGGAAUCGUUGUUGAGGUGCAGUAAAACAAUAUAGAGUUCUUAAUUCUUUUCUUCGUUUUGGCGUUCAUUAAUUAUUCAUGUAUUUAUUAUUUGGUGUUUGGUGUAUUUUCAGGUGGAGUAUCUGCCCUGCUUAGAUGUUCAACAAUGUUGGGGAUUGAUCAGUGAGUUUCUGUUGAGCUUUAUGGAUCCUUCAAUCGUGCUUCCUCCACCUCCCAAAUGCAGCAAUAAAACAAGUGAACUGUUUUGUCCAUCAGACACGAUACUCCAAUACAUUGAAGUGUUUAAUACGUAUAGAAAGUCUGCUGGAGCCACUUCUUUGUCCUAGCAAAUAAACAGUCCAAAGCCUCUUGUAUGGGUUUCGUAUCUAAUGAUCCAUUUUGCAGUUGUGUGCUUGGUUGCCAAGCCUUUGAACAGGAGUGAUGCUAAGAUUGACCUUUUAUGAUUCAAACCUUGCUGCUUUUCACAUGCAAAUUACUUUGUUAUCAUGCUAACUAGAUACUGGUCUGUAUCACAACAAGGUCACCUUCAGCCUCAUUCAAAAUCAAAAGCUUGGCAACUAAGUACACAACUGUGAAAUGGCCCUUUGUCCAGCUUAGACGGUAAAACUUCGAAUAAGAGUAACUCACUUCUCAUGUAUUAUUAAUAAGUUAAAUCUUUUAGCACUUUUUUGACUGGUUUGGCACAAUGGAUAUAAAUCAAAGUCGGGACAAAUAAGAACUACAUUGAUACAGAAUCGAAUAGCAAUGGAUGUGUAGCAAAGUUCCACGCUUUGUAUUUUGGCGGAAGACAAUUUACAAAAAACAUUUCUUAAAUGCUCUUGAUUUUAUGUGUUUCAUUUAUACACCAAAGUUAUGUUUAUGUUUCGCAUAUGAUGUAUCCUUAAGAGUUCGCAAAAAUGUAUCGCUAAAACAUGAAAAUUAUCGUCGCACAUCGUGGGGGUGGGUUGAUUGUGGAGUAUUUUGCUCUUCGCAUAAUCAAGUUUUUCACUCACUGAUUACAUAAUAUGUUUAUUUUGUAGCUCAGUUAUGUAACUGAGCAUAUUAUUGCAUAUUAUCAAGAAAAGAUUUGUCUUCACGUCGUAUUUCAUCAUAUUACCCGCGG